UGGGCUGACCACCAUCGCUUGUUUUUGACGGCUGCAGCUGCUUUCCGAGGGGGAGUGCAAAUAUAUGACGUACUUACAACGCGGACAUUUGAAAUAAAAGAAAAUGUGCUGAAUAAACUGAUCUGCCCAACAGAAGAAACAACACAACAGCGCUGUGUAUUUUAAAGCAGUUUCUACCUGUGGACCCUCCAGACCAGUGACAAUUCACCAUGCUGUCCAAGUUAAGAACAGCCUGGUCCCUGAGACCGUGUGUCUCUGUCUGCAGAUGGAAGCAUACCAAAGAAAAGGGAAAGCCUCUUAUGCUCAACCCUCACACCAACAAGGGUAUGGCCUUCACACUAGAGGAGCGACAGAUUUUAGGGAUACACGGUCUGUUGCCUCCUAAAGUGGAAACUCAAGACAAUCAGGCCACACGCUUCAAAAAGAAUCUCAAGAAAAUGUCAGAUCCCCUGGAGAAGUACAUCUACCUGAUGGGUAUUCAGGAAAGGAAUGAGAGGCUUUUUUAUCGCGUGUUGAUGGAAAACAUAGAAGAAUUGUUGCCAAUUGUCUACACGCCRACUGUAGGCCUGGCCUGCACACAGUAUGGACAUAUAUUUAGGAGACCCAAAGGCGUGUUCAUUUCCAUUCUGGACCGAGGACAUGUUCGCUCCAUUCUGGACAAUUGGCCAGAGACUAAUGUAGCAGCUGUGGUAGUAACUGAUGGAGAACGUAUUUUAGGUUUAGGGGACCUGGGUUGUUAUGGAAUGGGCAUACCUGUUGGAAAACUUUGCCUGUACACUGCCUGUGCCGGCAUUAGACCUGAGAAAUGUCUGCCUGUGGCGAUAGAUGUCGGCACAGACAAUGAGAGUCUCCUUAAGGAUCCGUUUUACAUGGGACUGUAUCAGAAGCGAGACCGCACUCAAGCAUACGAUGAUCUGAUUGACGAGUUCAUGGAAGCUGUGGUGGAAAAAUAUGGGCAGGAUACACUGAUCCAGUUUGAGGACUUUGGGAAUCACAAUGCGUUCCGCUUCCUUCGGAAGUACAGGGAGAAAUACUGCACCUUCAACGACGAUAUUCAAGGCACUGCAUCUGUGGCUCUUGCUGGUCUGUUAGCAGCUCAGAGAGCCACCGGCAAACCYAUCACUGAACAUCGUGUCCUUUUCCUGGGAGCUGGAGAGGCUGCUCUUGGAAUUGCCAACCUGAUUGUGAUGGCCAUGACGGAAUCAGGGCUGAGUCAAACAGCAGCCAGAGAAAAGAUCUGGAUGUAUGAUGCACAUGGUUUACUUGUAAAGGACAGAGCACAAAAAACUGACUCUAACCAGGAGGUGUUCAUCCACGACAGUCCAGGGGAUGUGCAGAGCUUUUUGGAUGCUGUCAACACCAUCAAACCCACAGCUAUCAUUGGCGUGGCGGGAGCUGGACGUCUCUUUACUCAUGAUGUCCUCAAAGCCAUGGGAGCCCAAAAUGAACGACCAAUUAUCUUUGCCUUGAGUAACCCAACAAACAAAGCAGAGUGCACAGCGGAGGAUGCUUACACACUAACUGAUGGCCGAUGUCUUUUUGCCAGUGGCAGCCCGUUUGGUCCUGUUACUCUAAGUGACGGUCGGGUCUUUACACCUGGACAAGGAAACAAUGCCUACAUCUUUCCAGGUGUGGCUCUGGCUGUGAUUCUGAGUGGCGUGAGACACAUCAGUGAUACUGUAUUCUUGGAGGCUGCCAAGUCUCUUGCUGAACAGCUGACGGAUAAUGAGCUGAACGCAGGAAGACUCUAUCCUCCUCUCUCCAACAUCAGAGAGGUCUCUGUUCAGAUCACAGUCAAGGUGAUGGAAUAUGUCUAUGCUAAAGGCAUGGCGUUCCGCUACCCUGAGCCUCUGGACAAGAAUCGUUUUGUGCGUGGUACUGUGUGGAACACGGACUAUGAGUCCUUCCUGCCUGAUACCUAUGAUUGGCCUGGUGUCAACUUCAGUCCUAAAACAUGCUAAAAGUAGUGAAAAUUAGAGUAGAAGGUAACACUUAAAAGAGAAGAACACUUCUGUGACAUUAGGCMUUUUCUCCAAGUUAUUUGUUGUGCUCUUUGAAAAUGUAAACCUUUAGAAAAGUCUAGUGCCACCUGGUGAUAAAAAACAGGCAGUGUGAAAAUCUAGAGACAUAGACGCUUUUAAAAAAACAACUACUAUUGGGCAAAGAUAAAGACAAAAAGGUGCAAGAUUUGCAUUCAAUCAAAAUAUUUUAAGUUAGUUAAAUCAUACUUUUCAAUAAAAUAGCCUUAUAAGUAAAUGCUGUAAAGGGAACUUUACCUGAUUUUAGCAACACAACACUCAAAAAUUAAUGCAACAGUUUUUUUACACUCCUAAAUCCACAGAUAUCUUUAUUUUCUUCAUCUUCACUCCUCUUUCUCCUGAUCCAACCGAUAAAAAACAUGCCACAGAGCUGAGUGCUGAAAAGCUUCACUUUUGCUUGCAAGUAGUUAAAAAAACAGAACAUUGUUAACUUCUAGGUCAAGUGAAGUGAGUAUUUUAAAAACCUACCACUUUAUUGAAAAAGACAAGAAUUAAUAAAGGGAAAUAGGUAUAUUAACCAAAGUAAAUAAUAUUUUAAACCAUUUAGGCUAACAUGCAGCUAGAACACUUGAAUGUACACUCCAACAAUUUAUGAAGUACUUUUGCCAACUUUUAUUUAUUAUCUUUUGAAUUAAUAUAUAUUAGCACUCCUUUGAGGCCCUGUCACACUAGACAACUUGUACCAACCUAUGUUGAAGAUGGAAUUGAAAAAAAUCAACAGGAAGUUUCUUCUUGGCGUGUACAUAAUGUGAUUCAAACAAAUUAAUCAAAUAUAUAACAUUAGCAAUUUAGACAUAAAAAAUGUUUCAUAAGUUGGCAUA